UUUUCUUCGUUCAUAUUUUGUCGUGCUUGGAAGUUGAAUUUUUAGCGAAAAUGGCUGCCGUAAAUCUAGUGCGAACAGCAUUUAACGGUUUGCUGAGGACUUCCUCAGCAUAUAAAACACCGGUAGUAUGCAGACUAUCUACCGUUGCAUUACAACAAAAGUUCCGAACGAUUAAAACAAUAAGCAAAGUAUACAAUAACCACUUACAAAAUGGGGUGAUAAAUGCUCGGCAAUUCGCGACCAUCGACACUACAGUUAAGAUAACGCAACAGCAAAUAGAGGAGCGAGUCCUGAAAGUGUGCAAAGCUUUCGACAAACUGAGUGCUAGUCAGAAGCCGAAGUUCGGUGUUCGGAACUACAGCCACGGGCCUCCGCUAACACUCGAACUUAUUCGUAGUAGGGUGCUUCUAGUAUUGCAACUAUAUGAUAAAAUUGUUCCUGAGAAGCUCACCCUAGAUUCACACUUUAUUAAUGACUUGGGUCUAGACUCCUUGGACCAUGUGGAGGUCAUAAUGGCGAUGGAGGAUGAGUUUGGUUUUGAAAUUCCCGAUUCUGAUGCUGAGAGAUUAGUGCGACCCAAAGAUAUUGUCCAGUACAUUGCAGACAAGGAAGAUGUUUUUGAAUAAUCUGAUGUAACAGACAAAUCUCAGUUACUGUAGACACUCAGCCAUCAGUUAGACUUAAGUCUGUUUAUUUCCUUACUACUUACAAUCCACAAAAGAAAAUGUAUGGGGUCGGCAAAUGUACAUUGUUUUUAAUUAUAUGCCUGUUAGAUUAGA